AUAUUUUUUAACAGUAUUGAUUCCAUGCAGCUUCCUAGAAGGAAGCUGGCACUGAAAGGUGGAAGAACCUCACCGCCAUCAUAGGUGUGUUCUUGUCCAUCUCUACAGAAUUGUACCCUUUAUUAAUGCUCCCUCUCCCCCCACUUGCCCUUAUUUAAUCCCCCCCUUUCUCUCACUUUUCAUCAUCUCCCCAUUUCCAACAAUCACUCUCAGAUCCUGCUAGAAGGUAGAAAUGGAGGUUGAGGGGGGAGUGCAGUUUGAGGACUACUUCCCUUCUAUGAUGGAGGGGUCGGGCGCUGAGGGCUUCAUUAUAGAGCUCUGCAAUGGGUUUCACCUGCUCAUGGACGUGGAGAAAGGGCUUAUCACUUUUGAGAGCUUGAAGAGGAGUGCUUUGCUGUUGGGGUUGCAGGACAUGGGAGAUGAUGAGAUUGUGUCUAUGUUGAGUGAGGGCGAUUUGGAUGGAGAUGGGGCUCUCAACCAGAUGGAGUUCUGCAUUCUCAUGAUGAGACUGAGUCCGGGUUUACUGGACGAACCCAAGCAGUGGGUGGAGGAAAUGUAUAUACAUGAACCAGAUGAAGAAGCUCUAUGGUUUUAGUUAGCUAUGGUGUUCAAUGUUUAUGCCGCCUUCUUUCAUAUCUUUUAGAUUUCAUCCUCUUCUUGAUGUGGUGUAGUCACUGGAUAAUAGAAUAAUCAUGGUAGAGUUGCUUGGAUUUUCUUUUCUAUCAAUUAUUUUCAGUUAGAUUGAAGUCGAUCGACUCAGAAUAUUGUCAAUUUGUUAUAUGCAACAAAUUCAAUUUCAAUGGUUAUCUGGGAAACCUGUUCCUAUCCAAGAAAGUGUCUAAUUUCCUAGAACUUUUGGGGAAACUUGUACAACAUUGUAAUGGAAAUUUCCAGUUUACAAGAACUCGAUCUCCCUUCUGUCAAUGUUCAUUUUGAAUGAUUGGAUAAGUUGCAGCAAGGACUCUCCCUUCUGUUA